AUGAUUCUGAUUACCUUGGCCUUGGGCCUCACCGUAACCGGUCUUCUAUAUCUCUCCAUGAUAUGGAACUUCAACUACUGGCGUAAGAGAAGAGUGCCUGGUCCCAAACCCAAGAUCUUCACCGGCAACUAUCCCAAUCUGUACACAAUGAAGCGAAAUAUGAUCUACGAUCUGAACGAUAUAUAUAAGGAAUACAAGAACAAGUACGAUGCUGUGGGCAUUUUCAGUGGACGUGUACCUCAACUCUUAGUAGUUAGUCCGGAGCUGGCUCAUCGCGUUUUUGUAACCAACUUCAAGAACUUCCAAGACAAUGCAUUGUCCAGACUGACCGACGAAAAGACGGACUUUCUGAUAUCCAACAAUCCUUUCUCUCUUAGCGGCGAACGGUGGAAACAACGAAGAGCUGAUAUUUCCCCUGGUAUGACCAGCGUUCGGAUAAAGUCGGUCUAUCCAGUGACGAACAAGGUUUGCCGGCAAAUGACAGAGUGGCUAAAAAAGCAAAUACGCUUGGGAUCUCCCGAGGGUAUUAAUGCCAACGAUUUUACCCGACGCUUCUCCUCUGAAAUGGUCACCGAUUGUGUUCUGGGUCUCAGCUCGGAAAGCUUUACGGACAAACCAACGCCUGUUAUGGCCAAUGUUAAGGACCUAGUUAAUCUACAUUGGACCGUCAUGGCUCUCUUUGCACUGGUCAACACUUUUCCCUCGCUGAGUUACCUGAUCAAACUUCGCUUUGUGCCUCAUCGUGUGGAGCAAUUCUUCACUGAAUUAAUGGCCACGGCGGUACAAUCUCGAAAGGCGCAGCUCGGAACAGGAGAUUUCCAACGCGCCGACUUCCUGGAUUAUCUAAUGCAGCUGGGUGAGAAGAGGAACCUGGACACUCGUCACCUGUUGGCCCACACCAUGGUCUUUCUGUUGGACGGCUUGGAAACAGUGGCCAGCGUUAUAUCGCACAUGCUUUUGUCCUUGGGACGCAAUGAGCUUGUGCAAGAGCGCCUUAGGGAGGAAAUUCUGGCCCAUAUGCAGGAUGGACAUAUACCUUUUGACAAGCUCAACGAUUUGCCAUACCUAGAUGCCUGCCUUAAUGAAUCUAUACGUCUAUUUCCUCCUGGCUUUAUGACCUCCAAACUCUGCACUGAGCCCAUAGAGCUACCCAACAAAGAUGGCCCCAAUUUCACUGUGGAAAAGGGAACCGUCCUGGUGAUACCUCAUUACAGCCACAUGAUGGAUGAGGAAUACUUUCCGGAUCCGCUGGCCUAUAAGCCUGAACGAUUUAUGGAACCCGAUGCUGCCAAAAAUCUCCGUGAUAGUGGCGUGUUCAUGGCAUUUGGAGAUGGCCCUCGCAUGUGCUUAGGUAUGCGCUUUGCCACAGCUCAAGUCAAGGCCGCCAUCGUCGAGCUUAUAAGCAAAUUCAAUGUCAAAGUCAACCCCAAGACUCGCAAGGAUAACCUGCUCGAUCCCGCCCUAAUCCUCGCCAAUCUGAGUGGAGGUGUUUGGUUGGACAUGGAGGUCCGCCAGUAACUGCUCUAAAAGCUUUUGUCACCACACCCGGAAAGCAAUUGACCAGAACCAAUUAGGUGGAGUGUCCUUAUCAGAAGGGAUAUAUGCAGACUUAUGUAUAAAUAAACAAAUGAAUUCAGUAGCUUUUACUUACAA